ACAACUCCUGCCCCGACAACAACAACUACGGCAGCAUCUACAACAACUACUGCUCCAACAAGAACAACAACUGCUGCUCAAACAACAACUGAGGCAGCAGCUACAACAACUGCUGCUCCAACAACAAUAACAGCAGCCACUACAACAACUGCUGCUCCAACAACAACAACUGUUGCUCCGACAACAACAACUGCUGCCCCGACAACAACAACAAUGGCAGCAACUAAAACAACUACGGCAGCAACUACAACUACAGCAGCCACUACAACAACCAAUGCCCCGACAACAACAACUGCUGCCCCUACAACAACAACCAUGGCAGCGACUACAACAAGUGCUGCUCCAACAACGACAACUGUUGCUCCGACAUCCACAACUGCUGCCCCGACAACAACGACAACUGCUGCUCCAACAACAACUACCGCAGGUACUACAACAACUGCUGCUCCAAAAACAACCACUGUUGCUCCGACAACAACAACUGCUGCUCCGACAACAACAACUCCUGCCCCGACAACAACUACAGCAGCAUCUACAACUACUGCUGCUCCAACAACAACAACAACUGCUGCUCCAACAACAAUUACAGUGGCCACGACAACAACUAAUGCCCUGACAAAAACAACUACUGCUCCAACAACAACCACGGCAGCGACUACAACAACUGCUGCUCCAACAACAACAACUGUUGCACCGACAACGACAACGACUACAACAACUGUUGCUCCUACAAAAACAACUGCUGCCCUGACAACAAGAACUACGGCAGCAACUACAACAACUGCUGCACCAACAACCACAACUGUUGCUCCUACAACAACAACUGUGGCAGCAACAACAACAACUGUUGCUCCGACAACAACAACUACUGCCCAGACAACAACCGGCACCUGCAACUGUUGCACCUGCAACCGCUGCACCUGCAACCGCGGCACCUGCAACCGCUGCACCUGCAACUGUAGCACCUGCAACCGCUGCACCUGCAACCGCUGCACCUGCAACCGUUGCACCUGCAACCGCUGCACCUGCAACCGCGGCACCUGCAACCGCUGCACCUGCAACUGUAGCACCUGCAACCGCUGCACCUGCAACCGCUGCACCUGCAACUCUUGA